UUCCCUCUGCUUUUGGCAUUGGCCUCUCUCUCUCUCUCUCUCUCUCUCUCGUGGUUCACAUGUCACGCAUAAAAGAGAGGGAUAAAAUUGGAAAGAGGAGCAGAGAAAGCUCACAGGAGUUCACAAGCCCAUCCUCUACCCACCACAGUGCAGACAAGGUGUUAUUAAAGAGUGUGUAGAGCGUUUGAGGUCAGAUGGCUGCUGUUCUGUUCUUCGCUCUGCUGGCAUCUCUCUGUGUGAACACUGGGCUCGGUGUUCCCUUGACGAACAGCGAAUCCAGUGGUUCGGAGGCGGAGGCGGCUGCUCAGCCUCUGGAUCUGACCGCCCUUCAGGAGCGCUUCUACUGCUUCUGCUCCAACACCACUCUGGAACAAAACUGUUCAGUAACAGCGAAGACGUGCAGACCGUGUCCGGAGGACUGGACAUAUCUAGAGGGGAAGUGCUACUACUUCAGCAAAGACAAACUGGACUGGAAGAACAGUAGCGACAGCUGUGUGUCUGUGGGCAGUCAUUUAACAAUCCUCCACACCCAGCAGCAGCAUGAUCAUCUGGAUAAAAUCGCUCAUGAUAUCGGUGAGUUAGAUUAUCAUUUCUGGAUCGGCCUGACUGACUCUGAAGAAGAAGGAGUGUGGAAAUGGGUGGACAACACACUGGUCGACAAAACGUACUGGAGUGAAACUCCCAAAGAGCCCAAUAAUCACGAGUCUGGAGGACCGCAAGGUGAAGACUGUGUCGUGCUGCAGUCCCAGUCUAAAACCUGGUUCGACGUUCCCUGCGACUUCAACUACAAACGAAUCUGUGAGAUGGACGCCAGGCUGUGUCCUCAGGGCUGGAUAUAUCUAGAGGGGAAGUGCUACUACUUCAGUAAAGACAAACUGGACUGGAAGAACAGUAGCGACAGCUGUGUGUCUAUGGGCAGCCAUUUAACAAUCCUCCACACCCAGCAGCAGCAUGAUCGUCUGGAGAAAGUUGCUCACGAUAUCGGUGGGUUAGACUAUCAUUUCUGGAUCGGCCUGUCCGACUCUGAAGAAGAAGGAGUGUGGAAAUGGGUGGACAACACACUGGUCGACAAAACGUACUGGAGUGAAACUCCCAAAGAGCCUAACAAUGAUGAGUCUGGAGGACCUCAGGGUGAAGACUGUGUCGUGCUGCAGUCCCAGUCUAAAACCUGGUUCGACGUGCCCUGCGACUUCCUUUACAAACGCAUCUGUGAGAUGGACGCCAUUAAAAUAGCCUGAAUUACUGCACUGUAAUGUAGAUAGAAACUCAGGGCAUUGCAUUGUUUUUCCAUAAAUAAAGAAAAUGGAAGAUCUGCCAAGCUGGGCUGAGUUUAA